GUUGUAUUUGGGGUCACGAGAGAUGGACGAGAAAGAUUCUCCAACGAGUGACCAGAGCUCCGUCACGUCGUUCGGGUCCAUCGACACGGACGAAGCUGGCCUCAGGACGUCGAAGAGGCGUGGAAGCCUGUCGCGAUCGAAGCGUAGCGCCAUCGGGCUGCGCACAGCCGCAGCGCGAAAGCGACGGAAGCUGGAGUCGGGGGUGGUCUCACCAGAGAGUCCGGCGCCCGAUGACGCGAGUGCGGAAGAAAUUGAAGCUCUACAACAAGCCAAACAAGCCAUCAUGGACCAGCUGGAGGCGCUUGACCGUGUAUCACCUGCAUCGCCGUUGUCGCUGGUCGAUGGCGUCGUGACGACCGCGGCUCCUCCCGUCGUACUGAGCCGCCGAACAAGCCGAGCGACGCUGCCAAACGCGUUGCAAACAGACGCCACUGCAAGUUUCCGGCACUGGGACUUUCUUCUGCAAGAAAUGCAGUGGAUGGCGACGGACUUUACCCAGGAGCGCAAGUGGCGCCUGCGCAAGGCAAAGAUGCUGUCUGUCUCUGUGCUCAGCCACCACAACAAGAAAGCGACAGCUGCCACACGCUCGUCCCAGCACGAAGAAGCGCACCGAAAGCGUUUGGCGGCCAAGAUUGGUCGCGACGUCAAGAAGUUUUGGCUCCAGAUCGACAAGGUUGUCGCACAUCAGUUCAAGGUCGCGGAAGAUGCGCGGCAAAAAGACGAGAUGGAGUUCCAGCUUCAGUUUCUCGUCGCGCAGACAGAAAACUACGCGACCGCUCUCGCUACGACGUUUGCGCUACCGAUGGACGCCGAAGCAUCCGAAGGAAGCGCCGUCGAAACGACAGACGAGCAUGUGCUGCGCAACGACGUCGACUCGGAUGGCGACUUUGUCAUGCAAAGUGGAGACGUCCUUGAUGAUGAGACGACCAUCGCCUUUGAGGAGGCUGCCCAGUCCGCCGAAGACACGGCGCUCGAGCUCGCGUUGCUUGACGAAGAAGGACAGCUCUCGAUUGACGAGCUUCGGGCGCGCUAUGCUGCUAUGGCUUAUUGUGACACCGACUCGCACGUGGGGGCACACCAUGUAGCGCACGACAGCCCCCGCGCUGGGGACCGUGACGGUGACGACGAAGACUAUUCAUUGGGCAGUGACAUCGAUGAUGACGACGAGACGACAAUCGCAGCCGAAGAAGCGGCUCAGACGGCUGAAGACACCAAAAACGAGCUUGCCGAGCUGGAAGCGGACGCCAACCUCUCGAUCGAUGAGCUGCGGGCCAAAUACUCAUCUGCGGAAGCGCCAUCGGACGAUGCUGUGUCGCACGACGGUGACUUUGAAAUGGAGACCGAGUCUGGUGACGACGAGUCGACGAUCGCGAUCGAAGAAGCGGCGCAGUCGGCGCAAGACACGGCAGACGAGCUCGCUCAAUUGGAGGCCGACGCGGACAUGUCGAUUGAAGAACUACGGGCGCGCUACGUUGUCGCGGGCGCGUCUGAGAUCGGAUCGAGCGACAGCGAUGUGGGCAUUGAAACCGAUUUUUUGGACGAAGAGACGACCAAACGGGUUACGCGUCCGGUGCGAGGCCACACAGGCACACUCGCGCAGCUGACUGCAAGCACCAACUCGUCGGGAAGCGUGCAGGCAGCUCAGGCAUCUGCAACGAGCGUCCGUGCUGGUGUCUCCCAAACGGAGCAAGAUCUUUGGGAAGUUGUUGGUGUCGCGCGCCCAUUUUUGCUGCGCCCGUCCCUGCAUCUCCGCGCAUACCAGACUGCAGGCGUCGCGUGGCUGCUAUCGCUCGCGCAUAACCGCAUGAAUGGCAUCUUGGCGGAUGAAAUGGGUCUCGGGAAGACAAUUCAGACCAUUUCAAUGCUGGCGGCGCUCGCGACAGAAGGGAUCUGGGGGCCCCACCUCAUUGUCGUGCCGACGUCGUGCAUUCUCAACUGGGAGAUGGAGCUAAAGCGCUGGUGCCCCGCGUUCAAGAUCAUGACGUACUAUGGUAGUGCCAAGCGGCGAAAAGAUCUGAGAAAUGGAUGGUCAAAGACCAACGCCUUCCAAGUUUGCAUCACGUCGUACCAGCUCGUGGUCGCGGACGCACCGUGCUUCAAGCGCAAGAAAUGGUAUUACCUAGUCCUGGACGAAGCCCACAACAUCAAGAACUGGAAGUCUCAGCGCUGGCAAACGCUCCUGACGUUCAACACGCAGCGUCGGCUUCUUCUCACAGGCACGCCGCUGCAAAACAACCUCAUGGAGCUCUGGUCGCUCAUGCACUUUUUGAUGCCACACCUCUUUCGGUCACGGGCACAGUUCACGUACUGGUUCAACAACCCGCUCAACGCAAUGGUGGAAGGUGAAGCGGCGGUGAAUGCGUCGCUCGUCGCGCGUCUUCAUCGCAUCAUCCGGCCCUUUGUCUUGCGCCGCCUAAAGAAAGACGUGGCCAAGCAAAUGCCCGGCAAGUUUGAGCACGUUCUAAUGUGCCCACUCUCGAAGCGGCAAACGUUCCUCUACGAAGACUUCAUGGCCCGCUCGAGCACGCGCAAGGCAAUGGCGGGCGGCAACUUUGUCGGCAUGAUGAACGUACUCAUGCAGCUCCGCAAGGUGUGCAACCACCCAGACCUCUUUGAGCCGCGACCAAUCUCGUCGCCGUGGGACGUGCCGCCGCUAACGCUCACGUACCCGCUCUCGGCCAGCGCCCUCGCCAAGGACCCGCCACCGUGCGUUCCUCUACUUGAAGCCAGCGGUGUGGCGGAGCGGCUCUUGCAGUCGUCGUCAACUCUCGUUGUUGAUGACGUGUUCUUGGCGCCACCAAUCGUGCCGGACAGCGCCCACCCACUGGUGAAAUCGUUCAUGGUGGAGCGUGGCGCUCUGCUAGCGCUUGCGUGCCAGACUAGGCAGUCGACGCUGGUGGCGAUCAACUGGCGUCGUUGCCAGAGCCAUGUUCCGCUUUUGACACAUGAGAUGCUUCACGCGUGCACGCUGCCGCAACUAAUUUCGGCGGCGAUGGAUGUUCACGCUCGGCCAAACGCAGCAUCAGACACGUUGCAGGCUCUGGUCGUGUCCGGGCACCGCCGAUUUGCAGCGGUCGCGUCGUUGCUGCCCCACGUGCUAUGUUACGUACACGCCGUGCGCACGCGUUCAGUUCAAGUCGACGUAUCGGGACCGCUUACAGCUGGGCGCGUCCGCGAGGCUGAACGCUGGGCCGAGACUUCCGCUGCGAUUCGCGAGUCGUUGGCGCCAUUAACGACUGCUCUACACCACGUCGUGCAGCGCAGCCACCUGUUUUUCCCAGACAAGCGGCUCGUACAGUUUGACUGCGGUAAGCUGCAGCAACUCGACCGGCUUUUGCGCGACCUCAAGCGCGAUGGCCACCGAUGCCUCAUUUUUUCGCAAAUGAGCUCGAUGCUAAACAUUCUCGAGAUCUUCCUCAACAUUCAUGGUCACACGUACUUUCGCCUCGAUGGGUCGACACCGGUCGAGAAGCGGCAGCGACUCAUGGACCGAUUCAACGCCGACGAGAAGGUUUUCUGUUUCAUCUUGUCGACACGCAGCGGCGGUCUCGGCAUCAACUUGACGGGCGCGGACACGGUCAUCUUUUACGACAGUGACUGGAACCCUGCGAUGGAUGCGCAGGCCCAAGACCGCGCGCACCGCAUUGGCCAGACGCGGGACGUGCACAUCUACCGCCUCGUGUCCGAGCACACGGUCGAAGAAAACAUCUUGCGCAAGGCGCAGCAGAAGCGUCAUUUGGACGUUCUUGUCAUGGCGGAAGGGCAGUUCACAACAGAGUACUUUACGAAAGCAAGCCUUCGCGACCUCGUCACGCCCGAGGCAAUGCGGGACGCGGCAGACGGCGACGACGAGGCGCUCGAUAUGUCAGCGGUCGAAAAUGCGAUGGCUCAGAUAGAAGAUGUCGAAGAUGUGGCGGCAAUGCAGGCCGCCAAGGCUGCGCAGCGAGUUGAGAAGGAGGAAGACGACGCUGGCUUUGACGAUGACGUUGUUGACGCAGCCUCGAUUGCGGCCGACAUGGAUAACGAUACAGCGCUGCUGCACGAUGUGAUUGAAGAGCAGCUUCGAUCCAUCGAUCGUAUGGCGAUCGGCUUCCGCACGCACAUCGACCCAAUGUUUGUGGCUCUGCCCACCGUCUCCAUGGAGACGAUUCACGCGCAAGACGAGCUUGAGCUUGAGCGCAUUGAGGCGGAGAAGAUCGUCGAAGAAGAGUCCGUCAUUGAAGACGGCGACCUUAUCGUUGCAGAAAUGUCGCCUGCGUUGUCCGUGCAGCAACGAGUGUAUCAACAAGAACGCCGGCAGGUGCUUCGAGCUAGGCGUCUUCGCGCCAUCUCGGGCACGGCAUGGAAGAUCCUUACCUGUCUCAAGUCGUCGCUGCCAUUUUACUUGAACGAAGACACGCGGGAGGCGCAGUGGGAGCGUCCACGCAUCUUGCUGAAGAACCAAGAGGACCGCACGGCCCGAGACGGGGGCUACGCGAGCCUCCCGGUCGACGUGCUCGCGCGCAUUGCUGUUUUUACGACACCAUUGGAACGUUUGACAUCGAUGGCGCGCGUGUGCAAGUCCUGGUCGCAGUUAGCACUUCACUCGCAAUUCUACGUGCGAUUGCAUUCAGAGGCUGGGGUCGAACGGCUCUCGACGCUGCUAUCUGGCGACACGGUGGUGCUGGGCAGCGGUAUUCACCGAGUCCCACACACGGUCAUCAUUCGAACGCGCGUUCGCCUCCUCGCACCACUCAACGGUGGUACAUCUACAAUGCUUCUGGCGCCUGGUGCUCAACUCCAGUGGCAUGCAAACGGCGGCGAGAUUCGUGGCCUCCACAUUGCCGGCGCUGAGUCUUUUGACGCGACGUCACAAAUGCCGCUUGUCGUGGUCCCGCCGGGAGGGCACAUCGCCGUGGUAAAUUGUGACCUUACCGGUGGCGACGCUUGCGUCGCAGUCCACGGUGGUGUUGCUGUAAUCCUUGACUCGACCUUGCACGACGCCCGCGGGUCGGGUGUCGUCGUUGCUGGUGGCUCUGCAGUCGUCGUGGCCACCAAGCUGCGUAACCAUGGCCAGUGUGGCAUCUCGGUUCUGCAUGGCACAGGCAUCUUCCGGAAAAACACGUUUGAACGUAACCGCCGGUACGGCAUCCGACUGCUCACAGGCACACAGCUCGCGACGGUUGAUGGAAACCGGUUUAUUGGCAAUGGCUGUGGCGCCCUCGACCUCGAGCACUCGAGUCGACGCAUCGUCGUGCGCCAGAGUCAAAUUGUUCCCGACGACGUGCCGAUUGUGCAAAAGCCUCAUUCGCACCAAGCGGUAAAGCUGCAAGGCUUGCAGCUCGAGGAUUUGUGCCGGGAGAAGCCACAGAAGGAGGUGCGCAAGAAAAAGGUCAAGGUGCCUACGGACCACGUUUAACAAAAUUAAGUUAUUUGACUUCGCA